GAAAGUCCAAAAUGCAAGCCUUGGCGCCUUUAUCCGGGUUACGAGCGGCAGAACCGCCCAAGAGCCGACGACAUCUGUCAAAUCCUAGACUCCCCCGGACCAGGAGAAGAGUGGAUUGGUUCCGUCGGACUGCAAGGAUGUCGGAUGCGGAUCCGAUAGUUUACUGCUACUAUAUGUCGGGUAUACCCUCGGGUAAUUGCCGUUCUGGCCACGAUCUGGGCCUCACCGGAAUCAAUUCCUCUCAGGCUGGGGUGCCAAGAGUGUAUAUGACCCAGCUGUUCCAAUGAGACUGCUCUCGAGGUGGCCGUAGCGUUCUUGAAAGUGCGGAUCAAGGUCCGCUUAGGCUGGACUCUGCAUAUCCUUCCCCAUGGGGUAGACGGGGUACCAGAGAUUGGCGGAAUGGUGAACAUUAUAAAAGCCAGAGAUGACACGAGGCAAGGCAUUUUUCGAAUUGCAAACACGGUGAGCUUGGAGCUUUCCAUUCAAUAUUCCGUGACGAUACUGUCUCCAUCCGUGUGGCACGAGACUCCAGAUUCCACCAUGUUCAACAACCAUCAGGAAGCGCUGCCCCCAGACACCUCUGGCUCAGAUGUCAAAGGCGAGUAUAAUACCAGCGCUCACCUUGAAUAUGUCCCUGCCAGCCAGCUUGGUCAAGCCAACUUCUUGGACGCCGAAUCGCCCGCUAAUCCACAGACCUGGCCGGUGUGGAAGAAGAAUGCGCAAAUCUUGAUGGUAGCCUUCCAUUCGAUGGUAGCAACCUUCAUGGCUGCGGGGAUUAUCCCAGCAUACGACGCCAUGGCCGAAGCGUAUGGGGUCACAGUGCCGCAAGCAAGCUAUCUCACAUCAAUGCAGAUCCUGCUCCUUGGAAUCUGUCCCCUGUUCUGGAAACCACUCACCGCAGUCUACGGCCGCUACCAUAUCUUCAUGCUCUCAGCCCUAGGCAGCAUGGUCUGCAACAUUGGUGGCGCCCGCUGCACCACCUACGGCGCGCAAAUGGCCACGCGCGUCCUGACGGCCAUCUUCAUCUCGCCCCCGAUGGGCGUCGGCAGCGGCAUCAUCACCGAACUGUGCGAGCCCGAACAGCGAGCCCAGAAGCUCGGCUGGUGGACGUUGAUGCUCACUCUCGGUACGCCCGGAGGACCAUUCAUCAUGGGCUUCGUGACACACCAUCUCGGCUACCAAUGGAUGUACUGGAUCUUCGCCAUCAUGAACCUCGUCCAGCUCCUCGCCUAUCUCAUACUAGGCGAAGAGACCCUCUACCUCCCAGCACCAGAGCCCCCAUCCCCCUCACUGAACACCACCAACCCCCCAAGAUUUUACCACAAACUCCGCCCCCGCCGCAUCAACCCCCACCCCCUCACCCUCCAAGCCUUCUUCACGCCCCUCCUCUUCCUCCGCCGCCCGCGCGUCCUCAUCCCCGCCCUCACCCACGCCAUCGUCUUCUGCUACGCCAACAUCGCCCUCAUCGUCGAGAUGCCCAUCGUCUUCGGCGAGAGAUUCGCCUUCAACUCGCAGCAAAUCGGCCUGCAAUUCAUCGCCAUCAUCAUCGGCUGCCUCCUCGGCGAGCAGCUCAGCGGCCCUCUCUCCGACAAACUCCUCCGAGCCCACGGCACCCACCGCCCCGCCGACCGUCUCUGGCUUGCUUACAUUGCCUUUGGCACUGUGGUCACCGGGUUACUCGUCUGGGGCUUCCAGCUCAGCAAGGCGACUACCUGGAACGUCACCCCCUGCGUGGGCGCGGCGAUUGCGAGCUUCGGGAAUCAGGCGCUCACGACGAUUAUGGUUUCUUAUGCGGUUGAUAGUCAUCGUGAAGUGGCGACGGAUGUGGGGGUUUGUAUCAAUGUGGUGAGGCAUGUUUAUGGGUUUAUCGGACCGUUUUAUUUUCCGCCGAUGUUUGAGACGCUUGGGCUGGCGGGGGCGGCGGGCGUGAUGUGUGCUAUUGUGGGCGGGUGUGCUUUGCCUGCUGUUGUUGGGUUGCAUAUUGUUGAUGUGCGGGGUGGGAGGUGA